GAAACAGAUUUCCUGUUUUGUGACGGGAAAGCAGUGUGAGACUUCCUUUUGCAAUUAGAGCAUGUUACUAGUAGCAUAAGGCACAUCAUGAGAAACCCAUCAUCGAACCUCCUGGUUACCUUUUGUGUGGCGCUACCGCUGGCUACCCUUACGAAUGUAGUCUCGGGUAUCGCCGUCUUCAACCUUGGAAAAGAGGUUGUGUCUGGUAUCAAUAAAACGUGGGGCCUCGUCGAAGAUUUUAGCAAACCGGAUGAAAUUCUUCAAAAUAUGUACCACAUCAGCCGUAAGAUCGAAGAUACUGAACAUCAGAUCCUUCUCGAGUCAUCCUUGGCUAAUCUGCUCAAACAGUUUGGAAACAACCCCAAGCUGGAGCCUACCCUCCAAGAACUCGCCGAACAUCUGCAUUGGAUCAGCGGUCAGGAACGAAUCAUGCGGUCGUUCGCGGAUUCCGAGCAGCAGCCCGAACGGCGUGAGCUGGAAGCGUUUGCAGACAGCAUCGUGGCACAGGAUGCCAACAGCGUCCAGGAGCGGUUGUCGCGGAUGGAGCUGCUGGUGCUGGGAUCGCAGGAUUUGCCCUUGCGGAAGCUCGGAUCGCUGGAACUGAUGCUUCAGGCUAUGGAAGCAUCCGAGGCCCUAAUUUGUAACCUGGAAUUGUCGGCGCAACAGGCGCUGUACGAACUGUUCAAUGCCAUCGCGAUCGCUGACCUCAGGGGCUACAGCAUGAUGCAGUACUCCUGGAUGUUAUUGAAGACGUACGGCAAGGGUAACUUCAUUACCGAGGCCAAUUUAAUGCGGUGGAGAUUCGAGGAUCGUACCAACCAAGCUCAGCAGUUGCUACAACAGAUCAUGGAGCAAGCUAGUCGCGAAUACUGGCGCUGUGAUCCGGAGCGAAGCCAGCACAGAGGGGAAACCUUCGUGCAGAUCACCCGGCUGUUGCAGGGUUACGUGGAGAAUGAGGUAAACUUGAACAGGAACGAUACGUGCAGGAAAGAUUGCGCUUAUUAUAGCUCGGACGUCAAGCAAGGACAGUGCAAGAAGAAUAUGUACUGCACGAAGCAGCUCAUAUGCUCCGGCAAGAUCUACGACUGCGAAUUCAUCGAUUCGGCCAUGUGGAUCUGCCCAGCGGCGAACAACAGUGAUCGUCGGUAUGAGUACAUUGAAUACGAGAACGGAAUGGUAUUCGGACAGAAGAAGACCUGCAGCCGCGGAACUACCAAGGUGAAAUCAUGGUGGCGCUGGAUUUUCUGGCAUUGCAGUAACUGCUUCUGUCUGUGCGAUGAUGCCAAGCAUUCUGAUCGGUACAUCAAUAUACGCGAGUCGGUGUCCGACCUUAAAAAUAACAAGGUCGUCACCGGCAUGCGCUUCGUCAAGAAGAAUCGCAUCAUCCACUUGAUCGUUCAGCAAGGUCGUUUACUGCCACGAGGACAGAUCGACAACGGCACGCUGGAGUGGGUAGAACCACACAACUACAAUUUGCUUUCGACGAAUGUUCGUACCGGUCGUGAUUACCACACGCUGAACCGCAACAACCGCAGCUUGGAUCUGGAUGAUCUGUACGUGCCUCAAGGAUACGUAUUGACUGGGGUUCGCUUCCGAUUGUUGGACAACCAUCUCAACCUGGAGAUUCGGAUGACCGAGAUAGACUUCGCUACGGGUCAGUUGAUAGAUCCCGACAAGAGUAUCUGGAUAGGUAACGACAAUACAGAGCGCACCGUUAAUAAAAGAACCGAACUCCAGCUGGAUCAACCGCAUGUCCCGCUUCUAUCGCUCGUCAAGUCGCUCCCAGAUUCCGCCAGUAACCAGUUUAUCCAAUUCCGUGCGAGUGAUCGCAACAUGGACGCCGCUCAGACCACGGUUCCGUUCUUCGAUGCUCAGUCGGUGGUUCCAGUAAAGCCCGUUCCCCUAUCCGGGGCUGGGCUGUUCCACAAGGGUCGACCCGGGUUCGGUGGCUUCGUCGCACCCAAGGUUAUGACGUACGACUUUGGUCCGCACGUACUUGCUCCGUAAGAUUAGACGGAAGCUGCAGUAUAGUGACAGCAUGAUAUUUACAUUUACGUCACAAUUUCUUGGAAUAAAAUGUAUGGA